AUGGUGGGACCAGGGGAACCCAACGGACCCCUCACCGACGAGGACCGCGAACUCUUGGUGACCGCCCUCGGCAUCGAAGUUUACGGGGGCCAGCCUGCUCAACCCAGUUCAAGCAGCCCCCAGGUCUCCGAUAUGCCUCCUCCUGCCGGGGGCGGCCGUCAAAUGGUGCCGAAUUCCCCGGUGCCCAUGGCGUUACUGAAUAGCCCCCUUGGGCCGCCCGCUUCGAUCACGUAUCCCCAACAGGUGCUUGGUAGCCUCUACAGCGACGCAAGCGGGCCAAAUAUCUCUUUUGACAAUAGGCUUUUCCCAGGCAGCCAUGCGAGUUUCAACAACUUCUUGCCUCCUAGCGUACAUUCGACUUCCACUCAUGUUUUACCUGCCUUACACAACAUUUCUUGUGGAAGACCCAACUACGGACUCUCACAACCUUUCGGAGCGCCCCAAGGAACACCAUACCAAGUUGCUGGAAGCGUCCCUCUUUCUUUUACAAGCCCUCUCGACAACAGCUUCCAUAACGACAUUAGCCAUCCGUUACACUUGAAUCCGGCUUUCGACCCUCACCCUUCAGAACUGGAUCUCUUCGUUCAGACAGAAGCACAAGCACAAAUGAACAAUUCCAAGGACCUUUACGCUGAGGAAACUCAGGAGAUGAGCCUCAGCGUGCCUUCUUCGACAUACUUUGAGAGCCUCAUGGGCGACAGUGUGCUCGAGGCUGAUAGUGUCACUCGACAAAGCGAAAUUCGUGCCAUCCUCAACAAGGACAAGGUCCCAGUGGCCACUGAAAGGGACGAUGCAUCGGAAAGGGGCAGAAAGACCAGAAAGAGAAAAAUGAACAAGCUCGAGCCUGGCCAAAAGCGCCGUGCCCCUAAGAUGGUCGACGUGCUUCCCUACAAUGAUCCCCCGACGUGGCCGCCACGCCGGCGGAAGCAUUCUAAGAUGACCGAGAUGGAGAAGGAGCAAAUCGAUGCGGCCAAUGCGGAUAUUGACAGACAAGUCAAGGAAUGGAACAAGAAGAAGAACAAUGAGUCUGCCAAGCGCGGAAGGCAGCGACGCCAGAACAGAGUGAACCGGCUGACGGAGGAUCUCGCCCAAGCACAGGCUGAGCGUAACUUUUGGAAGGCGAGAGCUGUGACCCGGGGCGCCAGCGAGGAGGAGUGGGACGUAGUGCCCGAGGGCGUUAGGGAUGAUCUUGUUGCGGACUUCCGCAUCGACCCCGAUGAUCUGCUGCUGCCUCCCGAGGAUGAUUUUUAG